GGAGAGCCACCACUUUUUUCCGCGUAUAAGUUUCCUUCCUGAAAGUUUCUCCCCCCCUCUCUAUGCAAAGGAGCAGUUGUAUGCAUUCACAAUGAGAGGGAAAGCGAAGAGCCUUACAGCAUGCAAGUAUUCCUCUAAUAAUAUGUUUGUUGUUCAUCACCGACGUCGUUUUGAGUUACUUUAGAUGCUUCCCAGCACAUUUCCGUUAUGCGAAGUCCAACUUGUUGGUUAGUCGUCGUGCUGUGGUGGAUGCCCAUCCGAGAUAACGGAGAACCAGUGAUUCUCAGCCGGUCUGGUUACUGCAAUGAAUGGUAACACUAUCCAUCCAGCCAACACCACAACAGCAGGAGGAGGCCCAGGCGUGGCAGCGCCCCCGAGAGGCUGGAGGGAGUUUUGUGAGCUGCACGCUAUCGCCACAGCCCGGGAGCUGGCCGGACACUACCGGAGCUUCGCCAGAGAGCGGCCCCAGCAUGACGUGCUCCCACCUGAAACCUUUUCCAAGCAGUUCACCGACCUCUUUCAGCAGCACUUUUGCUGCGAGGUCGACAAAGAUGGAACUCCCCUCAACCAGAGCACAUGCUCGACCACUACCGGUAGCGCUUCCACCACCACUUCUGUGGCCCCUCCCGUCCCACCUCCUCCUUCAUCACAAGCUCUGAUUGGUCGAUUGCGGAUCACAUCCUUCUCCGGGGCGCUGGACUACCGGGAGGCAGGCCGACCAAGUGGAGGAUCGGCGCUGUUCGCUGUCGUCUCCCCAAAGGCAGAGCCGGUGGUGGUGAGCCGAGAGCAGGAGCAGCCGCUGCGAUGUUCUGCAGGAAAUCCCACAUCAGGAAACCCAGUGGUGCUCAGGGGGUCGACUCGUAGUGUUGGCGGUGGAUCAUUGCUGGUUCGCAGCCAUAGCAAUGAGGAGGUUUCUAGCACUGAUCGCCGCCAGACAUCUGAACGGUACUCCUCCGACUCUGCAACCUCCAACCCUGGGCACCCUGACGUCACACACUUCUCUGUCAGCCAGAUCCGACAAAGCGUCAGACGGCUUCUCAAGAAACUGCCUCUUUCCGGCCCUCCCUCCCCUCAGGACCUGUCUCCUAGCAACUCCAGCACCACUAACAUCAACAGUCCACCAAACAGUGGCGACAGAGUAGGCGGGGUUCCCUCCAUGAUUGAAGAAUUGACGCCUCUGUCAGCCUCAUCCUCCCUCGCUUCCCCUAGCCUUAACCCUGAAGCCCCGCCCCCAGCCUCUUCUCAUACGUUUGUGGCUGGAGCUUCACACUUCCUGGAUCGUUUCCGUCGGUUACGCAGCAGCAGCAUGAGGCAGAGGAGGUCAGAUGGGAGCAGCUGCUGUAAAGAGGGUCAACUGAGGUACCUGCUGGUGGAUGACACUAUCUCAGACACUCAGCCUCGCUGGCAACGCUGCCGCCUGCUGGUCAGGAGGACCAAGGAUGCACAAGGAGGAGGAGGAGGAGGAGGGGAGAAGUACCAGCUGGAACUUUAUGAUCCUCCAAAGGCCUCCAGUCCCAAGCUGACAGCCCACUGCUCAGAUAUCCAAGAAGUCCGUCGUUGCAACCGGCUGGAGAUGCCCGACAACUUCAACACAUUUGUUAUAAAGGUUAAUCACUAUCCAGGUAGUCUGAUAUUUGAGACAGACAAUGACCAGCAGGUCAGCUCCUGGACCACAGAGCUAAAAGAAUGCACCAGCAACAGGUCAGGUAGUGUGGAUCUGGAGCCCCUCCCCUCCCCAGCUGACAGCUCCGUUCCAGCCAAUCGCAGCGGGAGCUCCGAGUCUGGAAGUCAGACCUUGGUGACCUUCGCUGUGCCGGAACAGGUGUACCAAAAGACAGACCACUUCCUGUUCUCCUACCCCUGGUUUCACGGGCCCAUCUCUCGCAUCAAGGCGGCCCACCUGGUUCAAAGCUCUGGUCUUGAGGGGCACGGAGUGUUUCUGGUCCGACAGAGUGAGACACGCAGGGGAGACUACGUCCUCACCUUUAACUACCAGGGAAAGGCCAAACACCUGCGCCUGUCUCUGACAGAAUGGGGCCAGUGCAGGGUGCAGCACCUGCGCUUCCCCUCCGUUAUGGACAUGCUCAGUCACUUCCGCCUCUUCCCCAUCCCACUGGAGUGCGGUGCCGCGUGUGACGUCACGCUGUCCAGCUUCGUAGUGGCCGGCUCCAGCCCUGCAUCACAUGGUCAGCUCUCAGGCACGGUCCUGGUCCCCUUCUCCCUGCACCGGUGGAGCUCUGAGCCCAGCUUAGCUCACUGCAGCCUGGCCAGCUGCUCCAGCCAGCUCCCUCCCUCCUCCACCAGCUCCGCCACCACCACCACGUCCAGUCCCAGUCCUGCCUCCCACCCAGGGCAUCGCCCGCUGCCCCGCACCAGUAACCCCCUCCCUGACCCCCCUUCAUCAGCCCCUGCCCCUCUGCGUCGGAGUGAAUCGGUGGGCAGAAGGCCCCUCCUGCGCCACCCCAACCCCCACCCACCCAUCAUCCCUCAGCGGGACUCAGACUAUGAACUUGAGCCUGAGCGCGGCCGCAAGCGGGCCAUAGACAACCAGUACAUGUUCCUCUGACGCCACCAUCACCUCUGACAGAGAGCAAUCUCAUGUAAACUCAGUACACACACACACACACACAUACACACACAUACACACAUCGUGCAGACACACCAUCGUAACACCACUCAGUUUUGUGACUCACAGCAAGUGAGUGCAUGAUGCUAAAAUGAUGACAGCAGACUAAUGAACUUGAGCUUACAAGUCUUUGUCUAAUGAAUGCAAAGCUGAGUGUGUUACAGAUCGUACACACACACACACACACACAUACGCACACACACACAGACACUCAGUCUGUGCCAAGUGCGCAUUCACCCACAUCAGACUCUCACAACUUCCACCCUGAGUGUCCACAAUGAAUGUAUUUUUGGGAAUUUUAUAAUAGCAUUGAGUAUGAUGAUUAUUCUUGCUUUUCUGAUUUUGAGAUUGUUGUGCAGGGGAGAGAGCCACAUGUGUAGCUGUCCUCCUGCCCUGGGCAAAAAAACAAAACAUUUUUUAAAUGUUUCAGAAUCUGGUGAAUUUUUAGAGGAGUGCUUGAUUUAACCUCCUUGGCAUUUGAACUGAACCACUGAUGGGAAAGCCCUGCCUGCAGAUGUGGUUAAGUCAAGUGCUCCUUUUAAAUUUUUGAAAGAUAUUUACCUCUGCCCUGAUCUUCACCUUCACACAUGGGAGACCCCGUGUGGAGCAAAUUCCCACCCCUCUUCUCUUAGUACACACAAACAGAAAAGCACUCCAUUUUGGAGUGUCAUUACUCUUAUAAAACGUUGCUGAAAUAUUUCUCCUCUUGCGCAUUUCCAUGUUUUUAAAAUGCAAUCGGAAACAAUGUGUAUUUUUUUUCUAUACACAGAUUCUUUUGUAGAAAAAUGGAAAAAAAGAAACUAAAAAAGGGGAAAACUUGAGUCAAGUCUUUGUGGAGAAGCUGCUCCUCAAAACUGAACCAGCACUGCUCCAACCACUCCAUACCUGAGCUUCAGCAAUUAAGAAGAACCGUAUCAGAUGAUUCUAGAUCAGCGUUAAUGAGCAGCGUCUACCUAAUGCAGAUCAUCACCGUUUGUGGUGUGUGUGUGUGUGUAGAUGUAAAGACAGACCCGUCCAUUUAAACGAAUGGGGGGGUGAAAGAAAGUGUAGGCUCACAAGCAUGUGCUGAUUGUGCAGUCUGGCACAGUAUUCAGCUGAAUAUGAGUGGAUCUGUCAAUUUGUGCGCUAGGAUUUCCAAAACUGAUCAGAGCAUGUUUGUUCCAUUGUAAAUCUACUGAUUUACACCAAAAGCACCAAGAUUUAUUCCAGCUACGGUGCUCAAAUACUUUGAAGCAUGAAGAACAUGAUCUAGAUAUUGUGUCUGUUUGGAGAGGUCAGUGUGAACAGCUCAACCCAAAGUGAAAGAGUGGAGUAAGAGGGGGACAUUUUCUAGUUGUUGUAAUCUACAGGUCAAGGUGAAACAGGAAUAGGAUCCAGGUCAGGUUUUUUUGAACGGCUUACUGUGAUUUCUUUUCAUUUCAGUGGCUGUUCAAAAAGAGUGGGACUCAAAGUGGAAAGUUAAAAGCAAGUUUGAAAUGUCUGAAACCUUUUUUCAGAUCUUUCUUUUUUUGCUUUGGUUUGUUAGUCUAGCAUUAAAGCCUUAAAGGGCUGACGCAGUGACGCGACACGACUCCUGAGUGCCAGUGAAGACAUGACGUUUAUUUCAUAACAACUCCAGGCAAAUCUUGAAUCUUGAAGUCUGGAUGUGGCAUCAGAUCUCUAACUCUACUUUUUACACUCAUAGCAUUACAUUUCUCUUCCAUCUCAGUAUGAAGUCGUCUACAGCUUAACGUACACAGCAGCCAGGGGAAACUCUUUCAUGCUCAUCAUCAUUUAAAAUGGGACUGAUUUAUAUGUAUAAAGAAAACACAAAUACUUUGAUCAUACUUUGUUCCUCUAUGCAAUUUGGGCUCUGACCAUUAGCAUUUUUUUUUUGAAGAUAAGAGCAAUCAGUAAUUUAUUAAUUAUUAUCAUUAAAACUUUAUUUAAUGACAUGAGAUCACAAUCUUUGGAAGGCUUUGGAAGUUUGUGUCACAAUACCAAAAAAAAAAAGCACAGUCCCACUGACCGUGGCAGAUCACUCAGCUCAUUGGGGAUGUGAUUAUUGUGGACCGGGGUCACUUACAUUCAGGGUUAAUUAAAGCUAUCAGUCACGUAAUGGGUAUAUCUGUGGAGUAACACAUCAGCAAAGACAAAGGGAGAACAAUGGAAGACGGCGCUCACUUCAUUUCUACUCAAAACUCGUGCGUACCGAGCGCCUUUACCAAGGCUCGUGUUUUCCUUCCAUCUCUGACCUGGUUUCCUUUUUUGUUUUGUUUUGUUUU